UCUCUGUGAAACAGCGUGACGUCAAACACCAGUCAAGCACCUAAAACGCUCCGCAUCCAGCGUGCCUUUCAUCUGCUGGAUCUGACAGCAAAGCUCAAUGCAAAUGUGCUUAUAAGGAUCUUUUUUCAGUCGCUCUUUGGAAUUUGGAUUUGAUUAAAAUGGGCCUAUUUGAUGCUCUUAGAGAUUUUAGUUUAUUAACAUGGCUAAGAGAAGAAAGACAGUCUCGGAGGCUGAUUCUGUUGAUCGUUUUCAUUGCUUUGCUGUUGGACAACAUGCUGUUGACGGUGGUCGUGCCUAUUAUUCCAAGCUACCUGUACUCAGUGGAUGAUGAGGCUGCUCAGUCGGUCCGGAAUCACUCCAUGUCCCCUCUGUCCCCAUCUGGCACCUUUCAGAGCAUUGUGUCUCUGUAUGAUAACACAACACGCCUGACCGGUCUCAGCCCACAGAUGAGCACGGCUGGCCCAAUGACCCCGGCCCCUACUUCUGUGAUGCCCUCUCAAAAUAAGUCUGACUGCCCUAAAGCAGAUGACCAGCUUCUGAAUGAGAAUGUGAAAGUGGGUCUGUUGUUUGCCUCUAAAGCAACAGUACAGUUAAUUACUAACCCCUUUAUAGGGCCCCUUACCAACAGAAUAGGAUACCAGAUCCCGAUGUUUGCUGGUUUCUGCAUCAUGUUUGUGUCAACCCUAAUGUUUGCGUUUUCAUCAAGCUAUACGUUGCUGUUUUUGGCCAGAUCUCUACAAGGUGUUGGCUCCUCCUGUUCUUCUGUGGCGGGUAUGGGGAUGCUGGCAAGUGUUUACACAGAUGAUGAGGAAAGAGGAAAUGCUAUAGGAAUUGCUCUGGGAGGCCUAGCCAUGGGAGUUUUGGUUGGCCCUCCGUUUGGAAGUGUCAUGUAUGAGUUUGUUGGUAAGACGGCUCCUUUCCUUAUCCUGGCAGUGCUGGCGGUGCUUGAUGGAGCUCUGCAGCUAUUUGUGCUUCAGCCUUCUAAAGUUGAUCCAGAGAGCCAAAAAGGAACAUCAAUAAUUACCCUCAUGAAGGAUCCAUACAUCCUCAUCGCAGCAGGUUCUAUUUGUUUUGCUAACAUGGCCAUUGCUAUGCUGGAGCCAGCUCUGCCCAUCUGGAUGAUGGAGACAAUGUGUCCCAGGAAAUGGCAGCUAGGGGUUGCGUUCCUGCCAGCCAGCAUCUCAUAUCUAAUAGGGACCAACAUCUUUGCCGUUUUGGCUCACAAAAUGGGGAGAUGGCUGUGCUCACUUAUAGGGAUGCUUCUGGUUGGAAUCAGCAUUCUCUGUGUGCCUCUUGCAAAAGACAUAUAUGGACUCAUUGUGCCAAACUUUGGAGUUGGAUUUGCAAUAGGUAUGGUGGACUCCUCUAUGAUGCCUAUCAUGGGUUACCUAGUAGAUCUGAGGCAUGUGUCUGUGUAUGGUAGUGUGUAUGCCAUUGCUGAUGUUGCCUUCUGCAUGGGCUUUGCAAUAGGUCCAUCAGCAGGCGGAGCGAUUGCGCGGAGCAUCGGCUUUCCCUGGCUCAUGACCAUCAUUGGUGUAAUAGACAUCCUGUUUGCUCCUCUCUGUUUCUUCCUGAGAAAUCCUCCCGCCAACGAGGAAAAGAUGGCCAUUUUGAUGGACUCUAGCUGUUCAAUGAAGACCCGUUCCUACUCCACCCAGGGCUCCAGCUACCAAAUGGGCGAGGAUUUUGAUCCUGAGAGCCCUGAAUAGGCCUCAGCCCUCAGCCAUGUAUGUCACCCAGAGUAUCUAUUUUGUUGUUUGAAAGAGGAAAACCACAAUGCUAAUUUGUGAGAAUGUCCCUUAUCUGUCCAACACUGUCCUGUGGUCGUGAUGGUCAUGUUCUUCUGAAGCAAACCAAAGUUGUUCUUGUUGCCGUUUGUUCUCAAUGUGGGAGAGGUGAAAUAUCUAACCAACAGCCUUAUCGAUAUGGAUAACAUUUGUGUGUGAUUGAAAAUGCAGGAUUUGAGAGCGGAUAAAAGGAUAACAUUAAAUACAAUUUUAUUCAGCAUAACACUAUUCAUAUUUUCUCAUUCAAAAGUCAGACAGGGUAGUUGAAAAUAUUCAUUCAGUAUGACCUAAUGGACAGAUAUGUAUUGGAUAUUUAUUGUUUGUCUGUGGUGGUAGGAAAGUAUGUAUCUAUCAGUCCUGUUGAAGUCUUUUCAUAGGUGUAAACGUCAGUGAAGGUGGAUUCUAGUCAGAUAAAUGGAUUAUAUCACACCUCGAAAUGGGCCUUAAAAUGUUGCUAUUCGUAUCAUAAUCGGUUCAAACUACAUAAUACAUUAUAGAGAACAGCUGAAGAACAUUUAAAGCAAAUUAAAACUAGAAUUUUUACAUUUGGGAUCGAUUUCUUCAAAUCUGGUACAUUAAUAAAUUACAUUGCUGUUGUUUUAAUUUAGGCUUUUGAGAGGAGAUUUUAAUAUAUUCUUGUGUUGGAGUGUAGGUCCUAAGCUUAACACAUUUCAAAAUAUGUCUUCUUUUUUUUUUUGCUUUUUGAAAAAGCAAAAGGUCUGACAGCAUCAGAUAAUCAAGCAGAAUGUCAACAAGUCCUCCUGUACCGUUCUGUUUGUGUGACUUACGUGAUGUCGCUAAAAAUGAUGUACUGUAUUAUCAAAGAUGAGCCACAGCUACAUUUUGAAUACACAUGGUGACAAACUGUUUCAGUUUAGUUAAAUAAAAGUAAAUUAUUGCUGUAAAGCAUCCAGAUACUUUAGGUACUUUAGAUUAUAUUUUGCUUUUAAAGUGUAUAUAGUAUAUAUAUAUAUAUAUAUAUUUUAGUAAGUCCUUUGAAUGUGCUGGAAUGCUAAUACGUUCAUUAGUAAAGAACGCCUCAAUAAUGCUCUUUCCCAUUUUUGAGUUUUCAUUUUCCUCUGUUUUCCUUUGUGUUAUUAAUCUUUUUAAGAACUGAAUUGGCUGUGAAAUGAACAUGGCCUUAAAUUGAGCUCCUUAAAUCUUAAAGCCAUAUAUAAAAUUACUGGGGUUUUAUUAAGAAUAUAAAUAUUUAUUUAGUUUAGGCAAUGAGCUUAAUUAUCAAGUCAGGUGUCUGUGCAGGGUCAAUGGUUUUAUUUAUUAAUUUAUUUAUUUAUUAUUAUUAAAUAAAUACACAUUCUAUGCCUUAAAAUCAGACAACCUGUUGCAAACACUAUUUAAUGGCAAGUGUAGCUGUAAAUGUGUUUUUGAGAAACAGUCUUAUUGUUUCAUGGACCCUAUUCUUCAUAUGCUAAAUGACAGCUUAAUCUAAUAUUAAAAGCAUGUCUAAUUCCCAUCUUUUGUUUAUCAAAUAGAUUAUAUCAGGCUUUUUCAUAUGGGCUGAACUAGUUGGUUUUGGAGGUAAAUUAUCUGACUAGUACAAGUAAAAUAGUUUAGAAAUAAGUCUUCAAUAUAGAUUGAUUCUCCUUUAUUUUCUUGGCAUUGAUGUACCGAGGGAAACAUUCUUUUAUUGCCCACAGGAAAAUAAAAUCAUGGAUUUGAUACACAGCAUGUUUUCCUCUGGAGCUACAAUCCGUUUAACGCAAAUGUUGCGACCAGAACUAGCCUUUGAGAAAAAUCAUGUUAGCUCAGCUUUAAGUAUCUGCACAACCGGAGGAUGUUUGUGUUCGAUGUGAGGAACGGUGCACUGCUCCCAAUCUGCUAUCAUUAACUGCAGUUGUGGACAGAACAAAUGCACGAGAGUCAAAUUCGCCAGUGUAAUGCACAGGUUGAUUCCACUAUGAACUAAAACAAGCUCAGAUUUUUAAAUGCAAACACAACUAUAAGGUGUCCACGCAGGUUUAAUCAGAUUGGUAAAUGUGCUGCCAAUGUUUGAGUUGCAGCAGUGUCCUUUAACCUCGAUGUCGUUUUUAACCUGUUUACCCAGUAAGGGUUGAGAAGAGUAUUAUGUCAUUUAUAUUCAAAUUGUUUUUUUUUUGUUUUUUGUUUUUUUCAGAAAUUAGUGUAUGUGCCAACGUCAGUGUGUGCCUUCAGACUGGUAUGUCUUGUUUGUGUUUACACUAUAUCAACUAGGAGGUUGAGCUGCUGGUUUUAUAUCCAGUGUUUGGUCUGGUGGUUAGGUUUUACAUCAGCUUUAGAGCUCUGAAGAUAAUGUGUGUGUGACAGCAACUGAAAAUAAAUGUUUAAAAAGA